AUGCCCCCCCAGUGGAUAAUUACAGCUCAGAAAAGUACGAUCGAGAAGGUUAAUGCACUCGGGAAACCAGUCGUCACAGCAAUACAGAUGCUUGACUCGGCGUCUCCUCGUCCGACUAGUGCCGAAGCCAACGAUGUCGCCAACGCUGUCCUCGAAGGCACCGAUUGCGUCAUGCUCAGCGGCGUAACAGCCGCCGGAGCUCACCCUGAGACUGUCGUGCAAACAAUGUCAAGGCUCUGCAAAGAGGCGGAGGAUUCCAUCGAUUAUAGAACUUUGCAUAUGAAAAUAAGAACCCUUCUGAGACCGUUAUCCAAAAUCGAGAGGACUGCUGUUACCGCCGUUACCAUUGUUGCUCGCAAAAUGAAUGCCAAGGCAAGUUGUCAACGUAGCCAAGAGUGGAUUCAAGGCGGCGGUUGUGGCCAAGUUCAGGCCGAGCGUUCCUAUUCUAUUGGUGGUUGA